AUGAACAUUUCUGUCCUGAAGGAACAUCUGGAGGACUUCAUAGAGGUGUGUAAGUUUCCUCCUAAAGCGGACGCGGUCUGCUGGUAUCAGCACUGCCUCUCUCAUACGGUGCAGAUCUACUUCAGCGAUCCAGACUUUAAGGGCUUCAUCCAGCUGACCUGCUGUCAGAGCUGCAGAGUCGAGUUUCAUAUGAGCUGCUGGAAGAAGCUCAAAACACUUUCAUUCUCCGAUAAGAACGACAAGGAUUUUCUAAAAGAUUCAUGUUUUACACCAGACUGUGGAGGUCAGGUCUGUCACAUCGUAAUAUAUGGUUUGACGGGGCUGAUAAAGUGUGAGUUUAAAUCAUCUAUUCCUAAAAUCAGACCUGUUGGACGAUUGAGAAUCAAGCAGCAAUGUACAAGUAUUAAGUUGAAGUCUAAAAAUGAACGAAAGCUUUGGCGGAAACAACACAAGUUGGCAACACGUUCUGCCUGUCAAGAGAGAAAGGAAGUAACGGCUGCGGAAGACCCGACGGCAGAGAGAGAGCCACCCAGAGACUGUAUUGAUAUGGACCGUGUAUUACAUCAAAUUCAUGAUAACAAAGGACUUUUUAAAGAAGAGUCAGUGAAUAUUUCUUGCUUUUUGGUGCAUCUGCGGCCGUGGCUGGAUUUAUUUGAGCGUAAAGGACAUGAGAGUGUGUUAAACAGCCGUAGAGACCCUGGACCUCUGUGGGAGCUGGUGGACCUUCUGCUGGAGUCCAGAAACCGGGUCUGGGCUCGAGUCUUCAUCGAAACGCUCGGCCUGAUGCUUCAUAUCAAACCCAAAGUGCAGCAGUGGGCUCAGCAGCUCGAUAACGCUGGUCUGAAAGCCGCGGAGUCGUUCGUCAGUCGUUACAGCUCUCAUCUGGAGGAGUUGGACCUGAAGCCUCUGCUCACGUUCACACCGCUGCAGGAGACACUCAUCGAGAAGUUCGGCACCGUUCCGGAAUUAUUUGACCGUGACGGUUUAACUGUAAUGGAGUACUUAAGACAGGCUCCGGCUAAAGAAAAGCGUCUGUUUAUUUGGACUCUAGAGUCGAAUCGAGAGCGCUAUCAUUCCUGUCACUCCAUUCUCGAUCAGUAUUUUGAAGACGACGCUGUUUGUUUAGUCAUUAAAAAGACGGAUGAUGACGAGCACAUGAGCUCAGUAUUUAAGAGUAAAAACCGGCAUCGCAAGAAGAAGCAGAAGGAGUUAAAGUCUGUUAUUGUGCUGUCUGGAAUGAGAGGUGGACAUACGAGGGAUGAGGAUGAGGAAGAUGAGCUGUUCUCUGAGGAAGACGCUUUGAUGUUCCUGAGCAGCAUGGAUCCGUUCAGCGUCCCCGAACACCUGCGAGGGCAGCUGGAGGAGUUUGAGGAGCAGUACGCCGGAUCAGCACACCAGAGCCACUACCAGAGAAUCCUGGACAGUAACCCCGACCCCACUAAAGAGAGUUUAUACGAGUACCAUCCGUGUUUCUUCCAGGGCGACAUGCUUCAGAAAGAGAAGCAGAGUCUGCAGCUGUUGAAGGAGAUCCAGCAGAUGAAGGAGGAUCAUGAAGCUGUGCAGCAGAGGAGGGCCGAGGAGAUCGCAGCGCUUCAGGAGGAAACCCAGAAGACCACCCUGAGGAUGCAGAUCGCCAGCACCGAGCUCAGCAUGUUCCAGCAGAAACUAGAGGAGGAGGUGAGGAAAGACCAGCAGGAGAAGAAGGAGAACCAGGAGACGCUCAAGACACUGAAGAUGGAGAUCAAACACCUGGCAGAUUUACAUGAAAGUCACACCAGAGACAUCAGUGUGAAGAAUAAAGAGUAUGAGGCAGAACUGGAACGAUUCCUGGACGCCAGUAACCAGUGUGCGUCUGAGCGGCUGAGUCUAGAAGAAGAGGUGAAGCACUUCAGAGACACGUGUGUGAAGGCCCAGAGGAGAUCCACCAUGGCUCAGCUGUGUGUCCUGCAGAGCAGAUCUGAACACGCGCUGCGGCGGCUCAGGAUGAGCGUCUCUGAAGGGAAGAUGGUGGUCAAACACCUGACAGAGGCGUCGCUCAGUUUCCGCUCCACUGCACUGCUGUCAGCCGUAGACGACUGGAAGAGACACGUGUGUGAUGCCGAAGACAAAACCAACAGGACUCAGAUGGAGUUUGAGCUUCAGAUGGAUCAGGUGAAGAAGGGCGCCAGACUGAGUUCACUGCCUGAUAUCAGUGUUCCCAGCAUCCCCGCAGGACCCGCUCUACCGGUCAUGCUUCCUCAGCCGUCCGGCUCUCACUUCUACGGGUCACUUCCUGCCGCCCGCACCCCCACACCCACCCCCACAGGAAGAAGCACACCGAAGCCUGCGGACAGACUUCCUGAAGAGCCUGUGAGCCAUCGGCCUUCAGCGCCGCAGCACCUCUCUGUGUACGACAGGAUCCUGGAGCGGCUGCACAUGAUGUUCCCUCAUUACAACAGGAUGGUGAUGAAUAAGUUCAUCCAGAAGGUCCGUGUGUCCAGCGGAGGCGCUCUCAACGCGCUGACCUAUGAUGACGUCAUCAACCGAGUGGCUCAGCUCAUCCUGGAUCAUCAGGAGAACACGUGUGAGCACAUGAACAUCACAGGUGGAGACGCUGCGGGUCACAUGACUCCUCCACACGUGUGGAAGACGGUGUCGGAGAAACACCGCAACACGCCGCUGGCGCUGAACAUGGAGGAUCCGUGCAUCAUCUGUCACGAGGACAUGAGUCCAGAGGAAGUGUGUGUCCUGGAGUGCCGCCACAGCUUCCACAGAGAGUGUAUAAAGUCGUGGCUGAAGGAGCAGAGCACGUGUCCCACCUGUCGAGAACACGCACUCUUACCGGAGGACUUUCCCGUGCUGCCCGGCAGACACCGCAGGAGCCACGCGCCCGCCGCCGCCUUUAACUGACCCGCUGUAUGUUCAUCAGCACACGCAUCAGACACCAGUCUCCUCAUCCAGCUCAUUUAAUCACAUACACUGUUUGUUUUCGGCUGUUGGAACCUCGACGGACCAAUCGGUGAUGUAUACUUUCAGGGCACAUCUGUGUUUUUCAUUCCUGUAAUAAAGUUCAUGCCGUGAA